AUGAGAGAAGGCGAAAUCUUAUUCUCAGUACCUGCUAUAUUUCGAAUUGGGGAAAUGAAAGAAUUCGAUGAUGGUGUUUGGAAUAUACAGUUAAAAAUGACGGCAGACGAUGACCAGCAACUUCGACAACUCGGAAAUUAUGUUCGUCAUAAAUUUCUGGAAAAUCAUGAAUUUUCUGCAUUAUUCGAACAAGCAAGGACAAAAUCACCUGAGGAUUCUCAUGUCAUUGGUAUCCAUGAAAAUAUGCUCAAAUUUGUUCAACUUAUGGUUUAUAUUCAUCAAUUUGAUGAUGCACUAAAAAUAGCAUUUGAACGCUGGGUAGACUUAGUGGAUGAAGAUACGAUCACUUCUAGACAGACUCUAUCAGUAUUUCAAAGUUUCGUGAAUCCUGUUGAACGCUUGUCGAAAGGAUCAGACAUUGAUCAAAAUCGUUUAGAAUGGAUUGAAAAUAGACUUAAUCAUUCACCUCCUACUGAUACAAAUGAAUUAGCGAACUUGUAUAACUCAGCGGCCAGCUUAACAAACAAUCUUGAUCAAAGAUUAGACUAUUGCUUGCGUCAUUUCAAACUGCUUGAAGAGACAGGUCAUAUGACAGCUACGAAAUUUAUUCAGCAUCAUAUUCGAAUUGGUGACAUUUUUUCUGAACAAGUUCGUUUUGACGAUGCCUUAAUUAAUUAUCAAAUCGCACUGCAAAAAGCACUCGGAUCUGAAUCAACAACAAAUCCUCUGAUCGGUGAUUGCUAUUAUAGAAUUGGUUUUACUUAUCUAAGAUUAGAAGAGUUUGAAAAAGUAUCAGAGUAUUAUGAAAACGCUCUAGCUAUUUAUUCCAGAUCACUUCCACCAACACAUCUAAGUUUUCAUAAAGUAUAUUUGGCAUAUGGAGUUUAUCUGGCGAAUUCCAAGCAUUACGACGAAGCAAUGGGAUAUUUUCAAAAAGCCAUCGAAGUGCAUCGAGCUUAUUCUGGUCAUGAGUCUGUAGUCGAAGCAGAACAGCAAUUUGCUGAAUACUGUAAUCCACAAACAAAUGCAGUUGAUCGCAAGAAAAUGGAUGACUUGAUUGCAAAACUAGAUAAAUUAGGAAAAUGA